UCCCCGUCGAAGUAGUUAUCUCAUCAAAGUUUAGACAAGAAACAAUCUCUCAAGAAUCUCGUUUGAAGAGCCAGUUCUUUAGUAAUUAAAGGAUAAGUACGUAACAAAGAUGUUGUUCUUGAAGUUCUGUUUUAUUAUGACAUUGUUAGAAAUAGUCGAUGGCAAAUGUCACAAUUUUCCUUGGUCGGGAAACUUUAAAGUCGCUGGUCAAUCCAUAUGUCACCGUGGAUCGAUAGGUAACUCGUUCAUUAAAGGGCUGAUAAGAAACUCUUUGAAAAGUAAAAGCGAAGGUCUCGACGUUAUAGCAGCAGUGAAGUGCUGCACCUUCGAUGAAGAAUACCUUUCUGGCGAUGUCGUCGUAGUCUAUGCUAACUGGCAAAAAACAUUUUCUAAAGACCAAUCAUGGUCCCGAUGUCCAAGUGGAUAUUUUCUUCAGGGUAUAUAUACAACGGUCAAUUCGGACGGAACUACUCAAUUGCAUAACAUUGAACAUGGCAGAUGUGCCAAGAUUGGUAUUUAUCCUCCCUAUUACCGCGAUUGUUAUGCUGAGGACGUACAUUUUAAUGAAGCAAAGUUAUAUGAAUGUACAAAAGAUGGUUACUUUAUAGCUGGUUUAUACAGACACAAAUGUAAUGCCCCGUUGUGCAUCGGUAAAUUCUACUGUUGUCAUAUGGAAGAAGAGUUGAAAAUACAUAGUGCAGAGGAAUUGAAAACAAAAAUAAUGGAAAAGAAUUUGAGAAAAUUGGCAAAUCUGGCAACUUAUAUGGGCUACAUGAAUACUUUUGGUUAUAGCGGUCUCUUCGUAGGGGAAGACUUUUAUGUAGGCAAAGAUCAUACGACUGCUGGCAGAGGUUUUUUGGAUAAAAGAAAUUGCUAUGAUAUUAAUUGUAAUUUCUUGUUCCGAAUUUUAUACGGAAACUGGUCUUUAGCCGUGAAGGAUAUUAUCUACGGUGAAAGUAUUCAUGAUGAUCUCGAAGCUGAAGAAAUACAUACAGGGGAAGAGUAUAACUACCUAGACACAGAAUCAACGAAAGACAUUGAAUAUUCGAAAACAAUACAGGAAACAAUCACACACACGGCAUCAAGUACGUGGAAGAAUAGCGCUGAAAUGUCUCUUUCUCUUGAUUUCGGAGUCAAGUCUCUAGGCAGUGUAUCUAUGUCCUUUACGUUUCGUGUUGAGUAUUCAUCAUCAACAACCAAUCAAAAACAACAUUCCAAUUCGAUAAAUUUUAGAGUAGCUACGAAUAAAGUUAUCCCACCAAAGUCAUAUGCAAAGUAUAAAAUUAUGGUGAGCAAAUCUAGAACAACAAUUCCUUACACGGCUAUCAUCGUAGCGAAAUUCAGCGUAACAUUUGACGGAUAUUUAUCCACUGAUGAUGAAAACAGCAACCCAAAUUACAAUUUUCAUUACAAAUAUGAAACACCUAAAAAAUUUUGGAGAGUGUCUCAUGCGUUUGGAGAUCAUUUUGAGCCUUUCUACGAAGCAAUUAAACGACAAUACACAAGUAGUGCUAAGCCUUGGUUAUGGAUGGAGAUGACUAAGAACAAUCCUCCUGUGACACGUAUUAUCGAUGUGAUGUCAAGAGAGGAACAGUAUACAUUCACAGUGAGUGGAAAACUGGAACGCGUUUGGGGAUCAAAGAUCGAUGUCGUUUGGGAGAAAGGUAGAAACAUAAGGUCAGUUCCUAACGAGGUCAAGUUUAAAAACAUAUGCCCAGAUCGUGUUUUUAUCGUUGAUGCUGGUCCAAUGGAUACGCCUUCAAUUGUCGAGUACCCUAAAGUUAACUUAACCAAUGAGGAUUGGGAUGAAAUAGAACAAAUUCCAAUCACUACAGACGGUAUAUAGGUUCUCACCUAUUCAAACAACUAUUUUUUUUUGUGUUCUAAUAUUUGAACCUAAAGCUGUUGUUUUUUUUCCUUCGCUAUAAAAUAUAUCCACAACCAAAGAGAUGUGUAUUUUGUGUAUAUUUUUGUUUGUUAAAUAUUACAUACAAAAUAUAAAAUA